CUAAGAUAGUCCGUCUCUUAGAUAAAGUUAGCGAGUAUCUUGUGGUAUUAUCACGUGAUAUAUAUUUUAGCCUUGUUAUUGUAGUGAUGAGAAAGCGAUAAACUCGAAUGGGUGCAGUGGAUGACGUAACAUAAAAGCCACAGUGUAACUUGUUAAGGUCCAAGUUAGAAGCAGAACAUCGUACCAGGUUUCAGACCAUCAGUAUGGGUCAUUUCUGGAACUUAAAGGUCACUUCUGUAUGCUGGACCUUUCUGUCCGACUCCAAGAUUGUGAUUCUUAAUUUGAUUCUGAUGGUACUGUUUAGUACUGGAUUUUUCUAUGGUGGUAGAGAGUGUGUGUGUGUGGAGGAGUUGGUUCAACGUAUUAGUGGUCCCAUUGAUGGAGAAGAUCCACUAGUGGUGGAGCUAGUGAGGGAGAAACACCUCCAACAACCUUCCCACCUCCCCUACAACCUCUCCACAGUGCCCAUGUACCAGUUAAGAAAGCGGUUAGACUCCUGGGGUUACAUUCACAGCUUCGUGAGUACAUUGUUUGAGGGUUACUAUGGUGGCGUGUUUGUGGAGUCUGGAGCACUGGAUGGGGAGUACCUCUCCAACACACUGUGGCUGGAACAAGAACUAUCCUGGACCGGCUUGCUAGUCGAGCCAGACCCUCACAGUUACCGUCAACUGACCUUCAAGCAUCGCAAAGCCUGGUCUAGCAACACCUGUCUGUCCAGGACUACCUACCCUCACGAGAGCAUCCACGUAGGCCUACGCCUAAAUGGGGACUACAUAGGCAAUAUAUGGGACUACAGAGGCUCGUCCCAUUUACAAGGGGUCACACUGGAACCCAUUUUCGACAGUUUCUUAAGUAAAUCUCAAGAAUCCUACCACAGUGUCCAGUGUUUCCCUCUUGUGACAUAUCUUAGAGCACUCAACAUGACUAGUGUUGACUUGCUAGUGUUAGACAUGCAAAGUGUUGAGAAAGACGUGUUGAGGGCGCUAUUUACUACCCCUCUUGACAUCAUAAUCAGGGUCAUAGUAGUGGAAAUAACAUCUAAACGUCCUGAUCCAGACUUUGAAGGUGUGAUGACCAGGGCAGGAUAUAACUGUGUCAACUCUGACACACAGGGGUUAGAUAGACUGUACAUCAGGAAGAACGACCCCAUCUACAACAAACUGAAGAUGUACGUCAGUUUAGAUGAAACUACAACAUCUGACACAAUAUCACCAGGUGGUAAUUAUUAAUAAAACUCUUAUGCCGAUAAUAAAGAGAGAGACAGAAGAAGAUUGACAGACUUUUCUCCUAUCAUCACUAUAAUAUACAAGCAACAAAUUAUGGGUAAUAAAAAACAAUAAAAACCUGGCCAUAUUAAUAUUAAAAUAUACCUUAAUGAUUGAAUAAAGUAUUCUUUAU